CGUUUCUUCAUCAGAGCUAGACAAUCAACUUUAAAAACAUGGCUGCGACGAGAAAAUCCAUCACGUUACUUCCUAUAGCUCUCGCGAUUCUCCUCUCUGUUACUGCUCGCAUCGAUUGCAGGACAUUUGAUAAUGAAGGGAAGCCGCAGGAUGCAAACGAGACCUGGUGCUGCCUGGUGCAUUGCGAAGCCAUCCACAGACAACGAUAGGCUUCAUCACAACAUAGACUACAGCUGCCGCCUUAGCGGGGUCAACUGUGAAUUGAUUCAAGUGGGUGGAAGCUGCUUCCAGCCUGACAAUGCAGUUUCGCAUGCUUCGGUCGCAAUGAACCUCUACUAUAAAGCAGCAGGGAAGCACCACUGGGACUGCCAUUUCAAUGGCUCAGCCAUAAUCGUAACAGGUGAUCCUUCCAUUGGCAAUUGCAUCUAUCCAGUGUAAUGGCUGCUGAUGAAGACCUUGUGAGCACGAGACAGGAGCGAUAUGAACAUCAAUCUGACAAACCAGUGCCUUAAAGAUAAUAAUGUUUCUUUUUUCUUGAUCAUAGUUAAUAAUGUUUCUUUUCUGUUUGGUACUGUUAAAGACAUGUCUGUCUCCCUCAUCCAGCUAUUGAAGCGGGUAUAAGAGAGGAAAGUUUGGAUAAUAUGGGCAAGUUGGAAUUUCCACGGCAAGUGUUCUUCUUCAUGCUGAUUACAUUGUUAUGAGGUUUCACUUGACAUUUUCAACAUUAAGGCCAAUCAUUCCUGUGUAUCUGUGAGGUGGCGUGCACAUUGCCUUACAAG